AUGUUAAUCAUUAUAUUAGCUGCAGUACUAUGUCCAGUACUAUGCGUUGUCGACCAACAGUAUGCUAUGAAGUAUUUACACCGGUUCGGGUACGCAAAUGAAAAUGAUUUGACUAAACUUGAGGAUUAUUUGUUGAGUUUUCAAGAAAGAUAUAAUAUCCCUGCAACGGGAGAAUUAGAUGAAAAUACAAUUCAACUUCUAAAUAGACCAAGAUGUAAUGUGAGUGAAGCAGCUUCCGACGAUGAUCAUUCUUUUAGAGUUAAAUCAAAAUGGACAAAAUUUGAUUUGAAAUGGUAUUUCCCUCAGGCAACUCCAGAAUAUCUUAAAGUAACCAAAAAGGCUUUUGAAGUGUGGAUUGUACGGGGAAAGCACUAUUUUCGAGCAAAUUGCCAAGGUAGAGGUGAGUGCUCCAGUACAUUUGAUGGGCCCAGAAAGGUGUUGGCACAUGCUUAUUUCCCAAAAGGCAACAGUUGUAUAGAGCUUCAUAUUGAUGCUGAUGAGAAGUGGGAUUUAAGUUUGGAUGGAUCAAGUUCAGAAGAUCAGACUAGCCUACUUAUGGUAUUAAUUCAUGAAAUUGGGCAUAUUUUAGGAAUUGCUCACAGUGAUAUUGAGACAGCAAUAAUGUAUCCAUGGUAUCAAUUCAACAUUGCUCCUAAAUUGGAUGAGGAUGAUAAAAUGGCCCUUGAAGCUCUUUAUGGACCAAUCAAUUCAUAUGUAAAUAAUCCUUUCAAACCCACAUCAGCGCUGCCACCGACUACAAAGACACUUGCACAUCAACCAAAUGAACCGGAUAAAAAUUUAUGCGACAUAAUACCGGAGUAUAUGUUCAUUGCCAUGGCUGACUUGACAGCAGUCUCAUAG